AUGGACCGACCUGUGAGGCCAAGAUUGGCCUCUCUCAGUGACUUUCAGUUUGGAGCUGUUGCCACAGACACAAUCGAAGACGGUCUGCUCCACUUGGCCCAGCAGAAUGAGCAAGCCGUGCAGGAGGCUGCGGGCCGGAUGGGCAGCUUCAGAGAGACCCGGAUCGUGGAGUUUGUUUUUCUCCUGUCUGAACAAUGGUGUCUGGAGAAAUCCGCGAGCUACCAGGCUGUAGAAAUCCUAGAAAGGUUUAUGGUUAAGCAGGCAGAGAACAUCUGCAGGCAAGCCACACUCCAGCUGAGAGAGAAGACAGGGCCUCAGAACUGGAGGACUCUGAAAGAGCAGCUUUGCAACAAGUUUAUCCUGCGUCUUGUGUCAUGUGUUCAGCUGGCAAGCAAACUCUCCUUCCACUACAAAAUAAUCAGCAACGUUACAGUCCUGAAUUUCCUCCAGGCUCUAGGGUAUCUACACACUAAAGAAGAACUGCUGGAGUCAGAGCUUGAUGUUUUGAAGUCCCUGAACUUCCAAAUCAAUCUGCCUACUCCCCUGGCAUAUGUGGAGAUGCUCUUGGAGGUUUUAGGAUACAAUGGCUGUUUGGUGCCGGCCACACAGCUGUAUGCAACCUGCCUGACCCUACUUGACCUAGUCUAUCUUCUCCAUGAACCUGUAUACGAGAGCCUGCUGAGGGCUUCAAUCGAGAACUCCACACCCAGUCAGCUGCAAGGGGAAAAGUUUAUUUCCGUGAAGGAAGAUUUCAUGCUGUUGGCAGUAGGAAUCAUUGCAGCAAGUGCUUUCAUCCAAAACCAUGAGUGUUGGAGCCAGGUUGUGGGGCAUUUGCAAAGCAUCACUGGCAUCGCCUUGGAGAGCAUUGCCAAACUCUCUUAUGCAAUCCUGACUCACAGCGUGGGGGCCAGCACUCCAGGUCGACAGAGGCCUGUUCCUCCCCACCUGGUGGCCAGACCACUGAGGGCUGCAGACUUCUCCAACACAUGAGGCAGGCGGAAUCCGCCCAAAAUAA